AUGAGUUCUAUAGGCUGUAAUCUGCUGUCGAGUGACACCCCUUCAAAAAGCACAGGUGGUAGAUCUGUGGCGAAAACACCUCAGUCUCCAGCCGAAUCUCGAUCGGACGGUGGCGUCGCGCUCGUAAUUAAUGGCGACUCCCUCGGAUUUGCUUUGGAUGAACGACUGGAACGAUUAUUUCUUGAAAUUGCUACCAUGUGCAUGGCUGUAAUCUGCUGUCGAGUGACACCUCUUCAAAAAGCACAGGUGGUAGAUCUGGUAAAGCGGAAUAAAAAAGCAGUAACAUUGUCGAUUGGGGAUGGUGCAAACGAUGUGUCAAUGAUCAAAACGGCCCACAUUGGUGUUGGCAUAUCAGGGCAAGAAGGAAUGCAAGCUGUAUUAGCAUCCGAUUAUUCUAUAGGACAAUUUCGAUAUCUUGAAAGACUUUUAUUAGUUCACGGCAGGUAAUA